AAUAAACUAUAGACAAUUUUCAUUACGAAUUUUACUAUGAGACGACGAUAAGUAGAGAAACAACGAUACAUAUUUUAUUUUACUAGCAUUUCCAGAUAUUUUUGCGAUAUCGAUUCAGGUCCUUUUUAAGCUUGAACAUUCUAAAGAAACACGCGUUUUGUAUUAAAUUUUAUGUAGUAUUAACGGAAUAUAUCGAAUGUAACAGACAACGUAACAACAUCUGAGGUUAAGUGGUACAGUACCAUUUCUUAUAUCGAGAUCUUUUUUUUUUAAUCGCUUGAUCAUUCAGAAAAAUGCCUGCACCAAAUUCUAUCAGCGUAGCUGUAAUAUGUUCUAGCAAUAUGAAUAGAAGUAUGGAAGCUCAUGCUUUUCUGAGUAAAAAGGGAUUCAACGUAAAAUCUUUUGGUACUGGUGAUAAAGUAAAACUUCCUGGAAAUGCUCCUGAUCGACCCAACAUCUAUGACUUUGGAACAACAUACGAUGAAAUUUACAAUGAUCUUUUAUCAAAGGACAAGCAAUACUACACCCAAAAUGGUUUAUUACAUAUGUUGGACAGAAACCGUAGAAUAAAACCUAAACCAGAAAGGUUUCAGUUAUCUAAGGACAAGUUUGAUAUCUUAAUCACUUGCGAAGAACGUGUAUAUGACCAAGUAAUUGAAUGCAUGGAAUCCAGAACUCCAGAGGAUAAUCAGCCUGUGCAUUUGAUUAAUAUUGAUAUUCAAGAUAAUCAUGAAGAAGCUACUGUUGGAUCAUUUCUCAUUUGUGAAUUAGUCACUGUGUUGGCCAAUAGCGAGGACUUAGAUAACGAUAUAGACGAAUUACUUCACGAAUUUGAAUCGAAGUUUCAAAGAACAAUUCUACAUACCGUGCUUUUUUAUUAAAAAGGCUUUCGUGUAUUGAGAACCUGGUGUUUGUCGAUAACGUAGCUUAUGAAAAAAGAAAGCUAAAUUAUACGCUAUAAAUGUACUACCACAUUUUCCGAAUCAGAUUAUGUGGAAGGAAUUUCGGUAGCGACAAAUAGGAAUUCAAUCCGUGCUUCCUGUUUAACGAAUCAUUACUUUCCAUAGAAUAUGUUUCAGAGAUCUGCUGUUAUGUUCUAUAUGGAAUUAUCUG